AUGAAGCUUUUUGCCCUUCUCGCAGCUGCUGCCGAUGCCACAGUCCGAAUGGACGCCUGCGCCGCCGCCGGUAAACCAAGCUUCUGCGCCAAUAUCACACCAAAGAUCACCAGGACCAACGCCUGGACCUGCAAAGAUUGCUUCAAUCUCCGAAUCGAAGUCGAUUUGAACAAACUCGGCGCCGUCGGUGCUCUCUGGGACAACCAGGACCACGUCUUCCUCACCUUCGACAACGAUGUCAGCUUCGUCAAGGCUGCCGGACCAGCUGCUUCUCCAGCCGUCGAGAUGGCCUCAACCGACGAGGGAUACCAAAUGUGGCGAGUCGACUUCCAGAACACCUUCAACCCUGGCGAUCGACGAAUCGACAUCAACGUUGAAUUCAAAGAAGCCGACGAGAAGGCCAACCUCCUCAUUGGCGAACUCUGCCCAUCCUGCAUCGAGCGACCCGUCGCCGAUUCCUGCGAUGCUACCCAGCUCCUCGGCCGAGAACCAGGCGCAGGAACCUGGGACUGCCAGAUGAAACGAAGAUGGGAAAAGAUGAACCGAUGCCGAUUCCAGUGCGACAACGGCAGUGUCACCGGUUACGCUCGAUGCUUCCGAUACGAAGACCACAAGAAAUUCGGCCUCGGAUGGGUUGAGCCAAAGAACCGACCAUUCACUUGCUAA